AUGUGCACUUCUAUUUUAAAACUUUUCUGCUUAAUUCUCAUCAGUCAAAAUCUCGCCAAUGCCAAUUUAGAAUCUUCAAGUGAUUCAGAAGAGAGAAUCAGUGAACGAAAAUGCCGAGAAUACGCACAAAAAACGACGCAUACGAUCCUAAUUGCUCCAACUUUGAUCGGGGGAAAGCCACAUAAAAUAAUAGUUGAUAGAUGCAAGCACAAGCAGGUUGCUUUGAUUGUUGGUGGAACUGAAGCAAAACCAUAUGAAUUUCCUCAUCAAGGGCUCGUUGGCUAUGGAAAACGUACUGCUUUAAAAUGGCAUUGUGGCUGUACUUUAGUUUCUCCGAGAUUUGUUUUGACGGCCGCUCAUUGUCUUGAAAUACCAGCCAAAAAUAAAAUAUUGACUCCAAAAGCUGUCAAGCUUGGUUCAAUUAAUCGUUUUGGAGAUAACGACAAAACAGUUAUUGUAGAUGUUGUAGAAACAUUCAAAUAUGAUCACUACAUUCAAAAUAGUACGUUGGUCAUCGGAGAUCUAGCUUUAUUAAAACUUGCUGAAGAAAUUCGUAUAGAUGAAUUCAUAUUGCCGAUCUGUCUGCCUACAAAGCAACAUGAAAAUGAGAAAGGAAUAGUGACUGGUUUUGGAGUGACUGAGGAUGGAGUAGUUGCUAAAAAUUUGCUGAAAGUAACUUUGGAAAGGUUUAGUCAUUCUGAAUGUCAAGAGUUGUGGAGGAAUAAAACUAUUGAUAGUAAAGCGAUGGUGUGUUAUGGUCAUCAUACUGAGGAGAUGGACUCUUGUAGGGGAGACUCAGGUGGUCCACUUUUAGUAUCUAACGGUGAUAAGAUUAGCUGUACUUACACGCAAAUUGGAAUCGUAAGUUUUGGACUGAGACAAUGUGGAACGGUCGGAUUUCCUGGCAUCUAUGUUAAUGUCUAUAAUUAUCUUGACUGGAUUGAAGGGAUUGUCUGGAAAGAUGAGAUGUGA